ACAACGUCCAGAUUCUUUUCUUGAGAAAUUUGCAAAUAUGGGACAAACAACAGAAAGACAAGAUAAUGAUGCCAAAACUUCUUCUAGUUGUAUGAGAUACAAAGGACGAUUCGUGAUUGAUCCAUCGGAAAGCUGUCAUUAUCGAUGGUUAUCAAUAAUAAACAUUGCUGUGUUAUAUAAUUUACUUUUUAUAAUUGGACGCAGUGUAUUUUGGAAGUUGCAGAAUGCGUGUCCUCUCGUUUGGUAUUUCUUGGAUUACAUUUGCGAUUUUUCGUAUUUUAUUGAUAUUUUUGUACAUACAAGAACAGGCUAUCUGGAACAAGGUCUUUUAGUUAAGGAUUCUAGGAAACUUGUACAGAAUUAUAUGAAAUCAAUUUAUUUCAAAUUGGAUAUAUUAAGUAUUUUACCGACGGAUAUUCUCUAUUUAGUUUUAGGUACAAAUUGCGAAUCACGUGUACCAUGUAGCGUUAUUGUUAGAAUGAACAGGCUAUUUAGAUUUUAUAGAAUGAUGGAAUUCUUCGAUCGUACAGAAACCCGAACAAAUUUUCCAUAUGCAUUUCGAAUUGGAAAACUCAUUUUCUACAUCUUAGUCAUUAUCCAUUGGAACGGAUGCUUCUAUUUUGCUAUGAGUUAUGCCAUAGGUUUUGGCAAAGACACGUGGGUAUAUAAAAAUAUCAGUGAUCCUCAAUAUGCCACACUAACACACCAAUAUAUCUACAGUUUCUAUUGGUCUACAUUAACGCUAACCACUAUUGGAGAGGUACCCAUACCAGAAAGAGAUGUUGAAUAUGUCUUUGUUGUUGCUGACUUUUUGGUUGGAGUCUUGAUUUUUGCUACCAUUGUAGGUAAUGUAGGUAGCAUGAUUACAAAUAUGAAUGCUGCUAGAGCCGAAUUUCAAAGUCGAAUGGAUAAUGUCAAGCAAUAUUUGGAAUUCAGGAAGGUAGGUAAAGAUUUGGAAAGAAGAGUAAUUAAGUGGUUUGAUUACCUUUGGACUAAUAAACAAUCUUUGAAUGAAGAUUCCAUUACUUCAACAUUACCUGAUAAGUUAAAAGCUGAAAUUGCUAUUCACGUGCAUUUAGAUACACUAAAACGAGUGAGAAUCUUUCAGGAUUGCGAACCGGGACUUUUAGUACAAUUAGUUCUCAGAUUAACUUUACAGGUAUUCAGUCCAGGAGAUUAUAUAUGUCGCAAAGGCGAUGUAGGGAAAGAGAUGUACAUCGUUAAAAGAGGACAGUUGAGUGUAGUCGCAGACGAUGGAAAAACCAUAUUUGCUACUCUUAGUGACGGAAGCGUCUUUGGCGAACUUAGUAUUCUCAACAUAUCUGGAGUCAAAACGGGCAAUAGAAGAACAGCUAAUGUAAGAAGUGUUGGUUAUUCGGAUCUAUUCUGUUUAUCAAAAGAGGAUUUAUGGUUUGUUUUAGCAGAUUAUCCAGAAGCACAAAAGUUAUUGAUCGAAAGAGGAAGGCAAAUCCUGGUUAAAGAUGGUUUAUUAGAUGAAGAAGCAAUGAAAGCGGCAGAAAUCGAACAUGAAAAUAUACAGGAUAAAUGCAAAAGAUUGGAAAUAGCACUAGAUAAUCUUCAGACUAGAUUCGCUAGACUUCUCGCUGAAUAUACUGCUACUCAACAAAAACUGAAACAAAGAAUUUCAAAAUUAGAAGGAAGAUAUUCUGUAGCAACUGACAUUGAUGAUAUUCUUGCAACUACAGAAUAA